AUGGAUUUAGAUGAGAUCCUGAGCAACAAUGGAUUGGGCUCAUAUCAAGUGACCGUGUGUGCUCUAAUGGGUCUAGUGCUCAUGUUCUCAAACAUAUCACCACUUAGUUACGCCAUUACAGCCGGUGACCUUAAAUACAGGUGUGAAAUCCCUCAAUGCGACACCAACAAUCCAUCGUAUAAUCCGGAAUGGUUAAACCAGACGAUACCUUAUAACAAAAUUGCCAAUGAGCCUUACAAAUGUCUCAUGUACCGCUAUGUAUCGCAGACUACAAACGGCACAGUAAUUUCUGCCAAUAGCAUGUGUAGGGAAGGAUCAUUCAACGUCAGUUCUAAAAAAAAAUGCAACAAAUGGGUGUUUGGUGAAAUGGAAAGGACGAUAGUGAACGAUUUUGGUAUAAUGUGCGAGGAAAACAAAUGGAAACUCACCAUGGUGGGAACCAUCAAUAGCCUUGGUCAGAUCAUUGGCAUACCUUUAUCAGGAUGUAUUUCGGACAUGUAUGGACGCAAGUAUAUGUCAAUAAUAGGAUCAGCUGCAUCGGCAAUACUCGGCACACUCAAGUCCUUCAGUCCCAAUUAUUAUUCAUUCCUACUUUUUGAAUUUUUUGAAUCCAUGGCUUCUUGUGGAGUGUAUGCAGCUACCUUCGUAUUAGGUAUAGAAAUAGUCAGUCCAAAAUCUAGAGUGGCCGUCAGUACUCUGAUGGGCUGUUUUUAUCCCAUGGGUGCAGUCUUAAUGGGUUUUGCAGCUUACAUGGUUCUUGAUUGGCGCAUAAUGCUUAGAAUAGUCAACUUACCCGGACUACUUAUAUUAGGAUAUAUUUGGUAUGUGCCAGAGUCCUUAAGAUGGCUUCAAACCAAAAACCGAAUUGAAGAAAUGGCGAAAAUUCUAUCCAAAAUUGCUGAAUCCAAUGGCAAUACACUACCGCCUAGCGUCAAUGAAGCAUUGGUCGCCGACGCAAAAUACACGUUCAAAAAAAAAGAAUUGUCUGGUAGUAAAUUAAUAACUACAAUUUUUGGUUCAAAAGAAAUUUUGCUACUUGUAAUCAACUGUACAUUUUCAUGGAUCACGAUUACAUUUGUUUAUUACGGCCUCUCGUUAACUUCAGUGGAGAUGUCCGGUAACAAAUACUUGAACUUUAUGCUUGUAAACAUUAUAGAGGUACCAGCAUUUUUAACAUCAUGGUACGUCAUGGAACACUUGUCCAGACGAUAUACCCAAGCGUUUUCAUUUUUCCUCAGUGGCGUAGGAUGUAUUAUGGUCAGCUUAAUACCUACAGAUUAUUUAUUGACGAAACUAUUGAUGUUCUUGAGCAGCAAGUAUGCAAUCACCAUUGCAUUUAACAACAUGUACAUGUUCACCGCAGAAAUGUUCCCCACCGAAGCGCGUAUGUCAUUGAUCAGCGCAGUUUCCAUGAUUGGUCGAUUGGGUCUCAUAUUAUCUCCGCAAAUGACGUUGUUGGGCGCCUACUUCGGGCAAUACGUGCCGAUCUUAUUGUUCGGAAUCUUAUCAACUAUAGCUGGGGCAACGGCUUUUUUGUUCCCAGAAACAAAAGAUAAAAAAUUGCCCGACACAGUAAGAGAAAUUGAAUUGGUCGGAUAA